UCUUCUAGACCAAGCCCGAUACCCGCCCAUGAAUGUACGGUAGUUCCGCCAAUGUUAACUGAUGCUAUUCCCGUUGAGGCCGUUAUAGCGAGACCUGAGUGGCCUCUCCCACCACGCACUCGAAUUAUUUCCCGUAAGAGAACAGAUUUACCGGUGCCUGGACAGAACCCGGUAAAAAACACAUUCUCGCCGCGCUCGACCCUCUGA